GUUACUCCGAUCGGUAGUCAGAUCUUUACGACCAUUUGCUACCAGAGCCAGCUUCAGCUCAGAACAAAACAGCCUCAGCCACCGGUUAGUGCGGAUCGGAAGCAGCUGCGCUUCCAGCGUGCGUGGAUUCGAUGAUUGUUUUGGUUUCACGAUGAGUGGAUUAAUUUGGACGAAGAAGAAGGAUUUGAUAGUGUUUACAAACAUGGUGCUUAAUUGAAGACAUUUAUUAGAAUAUUAUGUGUUAGUGCUUUUUAACGUAUUUUACCGUAUUAACGGAUAAUCGGAUAAGUUCAAACAUCGCGACGAAUUUAAUAACUGUUGGCAACCUUCGGAACUAAACCAGUUCAGUGGAGAAGAAAAUCUUGACCGCCUUACUUGACCAGGUGCCCUGGAGCCUCGAAAGUGCAUACCCUACCUAAUGUACAGCUGCAGCUCUAGUGGGCCAGCUCGAGGGGCAGCGCGAAGUCGAUGUGACAAGCCGAACUAAAUUAUUUACCGAACAAGUUCAAUGUGAGUUGAUUCAAAAUCAAUGUCAGUCAGGCAAGUGUGUGACAAAAUUAUAAAAAAAAAGAAAAAUCACAACGGAUGUUCGGCUCAGUCGAUGUCGAAGUUCAAGUGACUGCAGCAGCUUCUUGUGGCAACCCCAGACGUGCAAGAAAAGGGGUCAUGCUUUGUUCCGGAAGUGAUAGUGUUGAAAACAGUUCCGUAGACCCAGUGUAGAUAAUGAGUGCUGCCACAAGUGUACAUAAAUUUUCCACUUACGGCAUCCUGUUUUUGUUGGUACUCCACGUGGGAACCGUCCUGAGUGUGGACAUGACAGAUCAAACAACGUCGCUGGAUACCGGUUCGAUGCGCGAUCUGUUUCACACAUUUAGAGAAUGGAUGUUCAACUUUGUUGGCCGUACCGGACUGCGGACGCGAGGUUACUUUCUGCAGGACAAAAUACCGGACGAUUUACCAUUUCCGUGCAACGUUUCCUUGGGGCGAAGCGAACGGUCGCCGAAAAGUGUUCACAAACUAAGACCAGGUGACAUAAGCGUGAUUGCCGCCAUGGGAGACUCGUUAACGGCAGCCAGCGGGGCAGCAUCCGACAGUAUGGUGGGUCUGUACAUGGAAAACCGUGGCCUUGCUUGGUGCAUCGGAGGCCAGUGGAAUUGGCGCAACGUAACCACGUUGCCAAACAUUCUGAAAGAAUUCAAUCCAAAGCUGGUAGGUUACUCGCUCGGGGAUGCCUAUCCCUUUCAUCGGGAAACGCAGUUCAAUAUGGCCGAAAUAGGAGCAGUUUCCUACGACAUGCCCUUUAUGGCACGAUCUCUAGUCAAGCGCAUUCGGUCGGAUCCUCGAGUCGAUUUCAAACGGGACUGGAAACUGGUGACUAUCAGUAUCGGCGGGAAUGACAUUUGCUCGUUUGUGUGCACCAUGGAGCGUCCGGAUGACCUGCCGGAAAAGCAUCGAUUGCGAAUGAUAAAAGCUUUGCGGUACUUACGGGAUAACAUGCCACGGACUUUCGUUAACGUCGUGUCGAUCCCGUCGGUGGAAACGGUCGUCUCGAUCAGCCCGAAACCGGGCAUCUGUCACACCCUGCACCACGGUGAAUGCUCCUGCUGGGUCGGGAAGCUGUACAAUCAGACUGAGACGUCUAGGGCUAGAUGGCGUAGAAUACAAGAAGAAAUGGUACAAGUUGAAAUGGAGGUCGCCAAGCUGGACGAAUUUCGACGACUGGAUGAAUUUGCAGUGGUUCAUCAACCGUGGUCAACAAAUAUUUCGUUGAAAAUGAACGGUCGAAGCGUGGAUUAUACGCUCCUAGCAUACGAUUGUUUUCAUAUGAGCCAGAAAGGAAACGCGUAUGCUGGCACAGCACUGUGGAAUAAUAUGCUACAACCGGAGGGCGCCAAAACCACCAACUGGAAACCGCUGUUCGAGAACUUCAAGUGUCCUACUGCGAAGACACCUUACCUGUUUACCUAUGAUAAUAGCUAACAAACUGCCAAAAAAGAAUACGGAAAAGACUUUUCCGUAAUCCAUCACAACCUCCUUACUGGGGGAACAAGUUAAUUUAUUUGUGCAUUUUUUUCUAAUGCUAGUUUCAUUAGUUUGUAGAAUACAUUUUCAAUUGAUUGAUUGAUUUCAAUUACAUCGAUAGCGUAGGUAACAGUUAGAAAUGUGUUAAUUACGUCAAAGAAAGCAUUUUCGAGUACGGG